AUGGCUAGUGCGCUUAGCUGCGGGCUGCUCGCCAUAGUGCUUGCGCUCCGUACCCUUACGACUCUUGCCAACGUUCCUGCGCUGCAUUUGUACAAUGGCCAUAUACCCAUUGAGCAGCCGGCAGCAAAUGUACCGAUACAACAACUUGUUGUUGGACAACCGUAUACCUUCGAAAUCUAUAUGGAAAAUGUGGAGAGACAAGAUUACAUGGUAGAGACGUGUUCUCUCAAUGGGAGAACCUUCAUUGAUAGUAACGGGUACGUUAGGACAUUGAAUUAA